AUGGAGGCGCUUGCCAAGAUUAUACUGGCUGCCCGCGCCGCAUGCGGAGUCGAACAAGUCCCAACAGACAAGGUGUUGGAGUCUGUUGCAAUCUCCGUCCAGAACCACAUGGCUAGUUUCGACGCAUCUCACAAUUUUCAUCAUGUCAUUCGCGUUGUAGCUCUGGCAAACUCCAUCAUGGUUGCCGAGCGCAACAGCGAGCCUACUAUCGACCCAGCCGUUGUUCUUCUAGCUGCGCUCCUUCACGAUGUCACGGACAAGAAGUAUACACAAGAUGCGGACGGAGAUUCCAAGCUGACACAGAUUCUGGAAAAGGCUGGAGUCCAUGGGCCUAUUGCGACUGCGAUUGUGACUGUUGUCAACAACGUCUCGUACUCGACAGAGAUGCGCCAUCCGAACCGCAUCUCGUCCGUCUUGUCGAUGCAUCCUGAGCUGGGCAUUGUACAAGAUGCGGACAGACUGGACGCCAUUGGGGCGAUUGGCAUCGGCCGCGCAUUCACGUAUGGUGGUGCACAGAUGCCAUUGUCCGACAUGCAGCUUUCGAGAAACCACAUGACGGAAAAGCUGGAAAAGCUAGAGUCCAUGAUGAAGACGGGGACUGGAAGGAAUCUGGCGGGGCAGCGAAUGCAGAGGAUUCACAUGUUUACGGAAUGGUGGGAUGAUGAAUCUAGAAUUUUGUAUGGAGAUGCGACUGAUUGA